ACACAGCAGGCGGUAGCAUUUUAACUGCUGCAGCGUUUUCUUCGUGAUAUACUUGUCUUUCUAAAUAAUGUCGCAGCGGAGUUGGAAUCAGAAACCGAACUUAUAACAACAGAAAAGGUUACAAUUGUGUGACAUCGAAAAGUUCAAAAUGAAUGACACGCUGGCUGUGAACAGUGGCAAAGAGAAUGGUCGUGGUCCAUUAAGGAUUGAUCUUCCUUCCAAGGCAGAAGGCCUCGUAUGGUGCUGUCUUUUUGCGAUACUAUCUGUCUUAAUCGUCGUAGAAAACUUUCUCACCAUUUUCCUCUUUGCAGCCAACAAGAAACUCCGCAAGAAAAGCUUGUUUCUUGUUCUCAAUAUGGCGUUGGCUGAUCUGAUCUUUGGAACUUUAGCUCUUCCGCUAUAUAUUUACCUUGGCUUUGGAAGACCGGAGUAUUACCGAAUCUGGACUCAAAAUGUAAACACGUAUUUGAACUUGUUCUUAGACAUCACCUCGAAAGUCGCAUUAGUGGCUUCGUUAAUUUCCGUGGCCUUCAUUUCUUGUGAGAGGUUUUACGCCAUAUCACAGCCCUUUAAUCACCGAAAACUAACAGUACAAAAUUACUGUGUUAUGAUCUUUACAGUUUGGAUGUUAGCCUUGCCUUUCUCCAGCUUGGUGUUCUUGAUUCCCGGCCAAGAAUGCACUUACGUAGGAAUGCCAUUCGCAGUUAUCCUGCUGUUUACCAUUUGCGGUUGUAACAUCGCAGUUUGGAGAAAGCUUAAACAGGGAAGCGUCUCAUCACAACAGCAGAAUAGAACCUCGCGAAAUGAACGCGUAACAAGAACUUUGCUGUUCGUUUCUACCCUUGCCUUGUUUUGUUGGCUUCCUUUUGUUAUUUCGAAUGGUUUAUUAUACUUGAGAAAUGGUUGAUACAUUUUCCAGUAAAUCCCAGUGUAACACUUUUAGUAUUUGUCAAAUAAAUCAACGUAGAAAAUA